AUGAGUAAACGUAUAGCUGCAGGAUUUAUUAUAUUUCGCCGAUUGGAACGGAAUCCUAUUGAAUAUUUAUUACUACAAACAUCUUAUGGAGAACAUCAUUGGACACCACCGAAAGGUCAUUUGGACGAUGGCGAAUCUGCAUUACAAGCAGCUGAACGUGAAACAAAAGAAGAAGCUGGCUUAGAUAAAAAUGAUUUAGAACACUAUAAUAAAUUUGAGGAAAAAAUUACUUAUAAUGUUAGUGGACGACCAAAGGAUGUUUUCUACUACUUAGCUCGUCUACGGAAUCCUGAACAAACUAUUCAGUUAUCUGAUGAACAUCAAAAUAUGAGCUGGUCAAAUUUUCAAGAUGCAUGUCGUCUCGUCAAAUAUCAUGAAAUGAUAAAUGUAUUAAAGAAAGCAGAUGAAUUCAUACAAAAUAAUUAA